UAAACCCGAGUCGACCGUCGGUGACUCAGUACGGGUCGCGCAACGAGUUUUCUGUUAAUUUUUUAAAAUAUAUUUUAAGUCGCAAGUCUUCUAUUUAUAAACAGAAAAAAACGAAGAUAGCCAUCGUUUUGGUGAGAGAGAGGAGAGAAGUUCAUGGAAAGAUAGAUAAAACUCUCAGCUUAUUUUGAAAUAUACAGAGGAGAUAGAGAGAGAGAGAGAGAGAGAGAGAGAGAGAGAGAGAGAGAGAGAGAGAGAGAGAGGGAGAUGGGGGAUUCAAGCGGUUCUGUCUCCAUUGAUAUGGAGGCAAUGUCUCUUGGAGGACAGGAACACCUUGUGGAGACUACCUAUGGCCCGGUAUGUGUUGCCGUUUGUGGAGAUCCUGAUAAACCUGCUCUUAUCACAUAUCCUGAUGUUGCUCUUAAUUAUAUGUUCUCCUUUCAAGGGUUGUUGUUUUGUCCAGAAGCUAGUUCCUUGUUGCUCCACAACUUUUGCAUUUAUCACAUCAGUCCUAUUGGCCAUGAGUUGGGAGCUCCAGUGAUCGGUGUUGAUGCUCCUUUGCUCUCAGCUGAUGACUUAGCAGACCAGAUAGUCGAGGUUCUUAACUAUUUCGGACUUGGUGCAGUAAUGUGUAUGGGUGUCACGGCAGGAGCUUACAUUCUGACCUUAUUUGCUAUGAAGUACAGGCAGAGAGUUCUGGGAUUAAUACUCGUCUCUCCACUGUGCCAAGCGCCUUCUUGGUCUGAAUGGUUGUGCAAUAAGGUUAUGUCUAAUUUACUUUACUACUAUGGCAUGUGUGGGGUGGUUAAAGAAUUGUUACUAAAACGGUACUUCAGCAAGGAAGUUCGUGGUAAUGCUCAAGUUCCAGAAUCUGAUAUUGUUCAAGAAUGCAGAAGAUUGCUUUGCGAGCGGCAGAGUACAAAUGUAUGGAGAUACCUUGAAGCAAUCAACGGGAGAGUGGAUCUAAGCGAAGGGUUAAGGAAACUACAAUGCAGAACUUUAAUAUUCAUCGGCGAAAACUCAGCUUACCACUCUGAAGCCGUUCACAUGACCACAAAGCUAGACAGACGAUACGGCGCACUAGUCGAGGUACAAGGAAGCGGAUCACUGGUGACAGAAGAACAGCCACAGGCGAUGGUAAUACCGAUGGAAUACUUUUUGAUGGGAUACGGUUUGUACCGUCCGACACAGAGCGUAAGCCCAAGAAGUCCUUUGAGUCCAACGAGAAUCUCGCCCGAGCUUCUCUCCCCUGAAAACAUGGGGUUGAAGCUCAAGCCUAUUAAGACAAGACUCGCGCUAUGACACUCUGCCUCCUCCUCUUGUGCUAUAGAAAUUAUUGCAAACAUAUAUAUACAUUACGUAAAAAUAGACAUUGGUUUGGAGUUUGAGAUGCUCUUUGUGUUAUGUGAUCGAAGUUGUAGAUAUAGACAGGGAUACAGAUGUUUUAUGUUUUUGAGAAUUUUUGUGGUAGCUGUUGUUUGUUCUGUCUGUACAUUCUGUUGAAUAAAUUAUUUAUGGAAAAUAUCCAUUAUAUACAAAAAUA